GGACACCGGCUCCCGGCGCCCUCGGAGCCAAAGGCGCGCGGCGAACACGGCGGGGCCCUCGCGCGGUGAGGACGCGUAGGCGUGUGGGCUCCUGUCACUUCACAUCGCGAACGCUGGCCGCCGCGUGGCUCUGGCCGAGUCUCGCGAGGGGCGCCCCUGUGGCGUUUCGAGCCAGCCGGGCCGCCUGCGGAGAGGGAAGCUCUGCCCUUCCCCUGGCCUGGCGCGGAGCCAGUUCUCCCGGGAAGGGGCCGGGGGUCCUCGCAGGGCCCGGCCGCGGCGUGACCCUGCCGGGGUCCGAACUUCACCGCAGGGCGGCCUGAUCAGGGCCAGGCCCGUGGGGACGCUGGCGCCACGGUGUCUUCCCCCUUCACGCCACUCCUACCAGGCCGACAUCGAGUCUCGCUCCCCAGGGAGGGUCAAGGUCCAGGGGUCCAGCGGCUGCCCCGAGGUCCGCUAGGAGGUGGCGGCACUGGAGUGGCCUUUCUCCAGCCUGCACCGACCCCGCCUUGAGUGCCCCUGCGUGUGACCAACGGUGGAACCGGAGCGGCCUUAGAGACUGACCGCUGCCUCUGAGUUGAGUCUUAAGCCCCUCGUUGGGCCUGGCUGAGCCCCCGGUCUGCGCCUUCCCCCAGCCUGGAGACGAUGCCAAAGCUGCAGGGCUUCGAGUUCUGGAGCCGCACCCUGCGUGGCGCCCGCCACGUGGUGGCCCCCAUGGUGGACCAGAGCGAGCUGGCCUGGAGGCUGCUGAGCCGGCGCCACGGAGCCCAGCUCUGCUACACGCCCAUGCUGCACGCCCAGGUCUUCGUCCGCGACGCCAACUACCGGAAGGAGAACCUGUACUGCGAGGUGUGCCCCGAGGACCGGCCCCUCAUCGUGCAGUUCUGUGCCAAUGACCCGGAAGUGUUUGUUCAGGCGGCUCUCCUGGCUCAGGAUUACUGUGACGCCAUUGACCUGAACUUGGGCUGCCCACAGAUGAUAGCCAAGAGAGGUCACUAUGGUGCCUUCCUGCAGGAUGAGUGGGACCUGCUCCAAAGAAUGAUUUUGCUGGCCCACGAGAAACUCUCUGUUCCUGUCACGUGCAAAAUCCGUGUCUUCCCGGAGAUUGACAAGACCGUGAGGUACGCCCAGAUGCUGGAGAAGGCCGGUUGCCAGUUGCUGACGGUGCACGGGCGCACCAAGGAGCAGAAAGGGCCCCUGUCAGGUGCAGCGUCCUGGGAGCACAUCAAGGCCGUGCGGAAGGCUGUGGCCAUCCCUGUGUUUGCUAAUGGGAACAUCCAGUGCCUGCAGGAUGUGGAGCGCUGCCUCCGGGACACGGGUGUGCAGGGCGUCAUGAGUGCAGAGGGCAAUCUGCACAACCCCGCUCUGUUUGAGGGCCGGAGCCCUGCAGUGUGGGAGCUGGCCGAGGAAUACCUGGACAUCGUGCGAGAGCACCCCUGCCCGCUGUCCUAUGUCCGGGCCCACCUCUUCAAGCUGUGGCACCACACGCUGCAGGUGUACCAGCAGCUGCGAGAGGAGCUGGCCAAGGUGAAGACCCUGGAGGGCAUCGCUGCCGUGAGCCAGGAGCUGAAGCUGCGGUGUCAGGAGGAGAUAUCCAGGCAGGAGGGAGCGAAGCCCACCGGCGACUUGCCCUUCCACUGGAUCUGCCAGCCCUACAUCCGGCCGGGGCCCAGGGAGGGGAGCAAGGAGAGGGCGGGUGCACGCAGCAAGCGGGCCCUGGAGGAGGAGGAGUGUGGCACGGAAGUCCUGUCCAAGAACAAGCAGAAGAAGCAGCUGAGGAACCCCCACAAGACCUUCGACCCCUCUCUGAAGCGGCGCUGGCCAGUCCACAAGCAGCUGCCACGUCAGCCCGGUGCCAGCAGUCCCCGCCUGCCACACUGCCCCCUAGGCCACCGCAUGAGGCAGCUGGGAGAGGCAGGAAGUCAGUUUUUGGGUUGAAUUCUUGAUUUGACCCUUCUUGGCCCUUUUGCUUGGGAGACCUGGAACUGAAGGGCAUGGAACCCCCCUUGGACCCUGUGGGCGGGAAAACAACUCCCCUUGUCCCUGCCUGGGGGUGGGACAGAUGAAGCUGCUUGUCCUGCUGGGGCCCCCCAGACCACCUGCUUCGUGUCCGUUUCCUGCAGGAUGGUGCCCCCCACAUCCCCUCACCCAUUGCUCGCAGAAGGAAAAGCAGAUGUGGCCAGCCUGUAUCCUCUGCCCUCCCUGAGCCUCCUGGCCUGGCUGGCCACAGCUGGCACAGACGCUGUCAGCAGGCUCCAUGCAGGUGGACGGGGCAGCCCCCACAGCCAGGCCACCCCGGCCCUCACUCACCAGCACCCUUUUGUUCUUU